GCCAUAUGAUAUUACUAAAAUGUUUUGUUUUUGGUUGAACAUUAUUAUUGUAUUUUAAACGCAAUUUUCUUCGCGUCAUUUAUAAACGACGAUGUCCCAUAGUUAAGGAAGCGUCGCGUUAUUUAAAGGGGACGUUCACGCGUCAUUAAGUAACAAAAAAAUGGGUGUGUGUACAGGAUGCUGCUGAUAACCUUCUGCUGAAGGCUUAACUUGUUAAUAUUUAUUAUGUGAUGGUGAAGCAGAUCUGUAAAACCUCCAAUGGUACAGCUCUGACUCAUGAAUAUUGAAAAGCAAGCCUUCAACAUAGUAGAAUUGGAGGAUUUAAGCGCUUGCGUGUACACUUCUUGAACGCACGUACGGACGGACACAAUGGCGGGAAUGAAGCUCAAGUUUAAUGAUUAAUGUUAACGAUUAUAUAUGACGGCUCUUUAAGAAAUAGCCGUGAAUUGAAGUUCACACCGAAGCUUCACAAAGAGCUUGAAGUGCCGGAUCCAUCUCGCAUGCCACCAUGCCCUUAAUGCGAAUGUUGAACAGACUGAGUGGAUAUGUUCACUGGAAACAAGGUUUGGAGUGUUUGGGAGCCAGAUUACAGCACACUGCUGCCCAUUCAUCUGCAUGCAACUAUCAGCUGCUGCCUGACUGCUUAGAGCUCAAGUAUGGUGGUCUCGUAAUGCACUUUGACUAUGUUUGGCUGAGAGACCACUGCCGCUCAGCUUCAUGCUACAACUCAAAAACCAACCAGCGAAACCUGGACACUGCCAGCAUCGAUCUGAACAUCAGGCCUUCAAAGAGCAGAGUGGACGAACACAACCUCUUCUUGACAUGGCCAGAUGGUCAUGUCACACGGUACAACCUAGCAUGGCUGGCCCAGAACAGCUAUGAGGGCCAGAAGAAAAGUGCCAUGCAACCUCGUAUCCUGUGGAACGCAGAUAUCUACUCCAGUGCUAAGGUGCCCGCUGCCAGUUGGGACAAGUUCAUGAGCUGCGACGAGGAGCUGAAGAACUUCCUCAACAACUUCCUGCUUUAUGGAAUUGCCUUUGUCGAAGGCGUCCCACCAACCCUAGAAGCUACAGAAACAGCGACUCAAAGAGUGAGCCUCAUCAGAGAGACCAUGUAUGGGCGGAUGUGGAACUUCACUUCAGAUUUCUCGCGUGGAGAUACAGCCUACACAAAGCUGGCUCUGGACCGCCACACCGACACGUCAUACUUUCAAGAACCCUGCGGCAUCCAGGUGUUUCACUGUCUGAGACAUGAAGGUACGGGUGGCAGAACUCUGCUGGUGGACGGCUUCCACGCCGCUGACGCAGUCCUCCAGCGAACGCCCGAGAACUUCGAGCUGCUUUCCCAUGUGCCAAUCAAGCAUGAGUACGUCGAGAACCUGAGUGAGCAUCGCAACCACAUGAUCGGCAUCGGCCCCGUGCUCAAUGUUUAUCCGUGGAACAACGAGGUUUACAUGAUUCGGUAUAAUAACUAUGACCGUUCUGUUAUUAACACAGUCCCUCAUGAUGUGGUGCGGCGCUGGUACUCGGCUCACAGGCAGCUGAGCACAGAACUGAGGAGACCAGAGAAUGAGCUGUGGGUCAAACUCAAACCAGGCAAGGUCCUGUUCAUUGAUAACUGGCGCGUUCUACAUGGCAGAGAGUCGUUCACCGGCCUGAGGCAGCUGUGCGGCUGUUAUCUGACGCGUGAUGAUGUGCUGAACACCGCUCGCUCUCUGGGGCUCCGCGCCUGAGGACAGCGCUACACCGUCAUUCUGCAAAAACGAGUUUAUAACUCAAGCGUUAGGAUGGGAGAGGACACCUGAUUUACAGCAUACAUCAGGAUCACAACAGUGUUGCUCUUUGAAAUUAUUCACAUAGCUCAAAAUUUACUAUUUUUUUUUUUUUGUAGUGGAUGAAAAUCCAAAAUGCUUUCUUUCCACAGAAAACCAAAUAGUAGUAAUCAAAGGAGCUGUAUGUAGCCUAAUUAUUUUGACUGAACAGCAUAAAAAUAUGUUUGUAGAGAUUUAGGAACUUCUCAGAAAAACAAUGCUACAGCCAGUUAUUCCACUUUUGAAAUGUGAUGUGCGUUCCAUGUGGGAAUGUCUGUUUUUGUUUUGGUCUGUGUGGUCCCGCCCACUGCCAAUUUACCCAAUAGUGUUUCAACACCCCGGGUUGCCAGUCGGCGGAAAACGCAGCGUAUUGCAGCUAUGGAAGCCAGUGGAAGAACUGGGUCAGAGAUUGCAGAUUCUACAAGACCUAAAAAUCCUCUGAAUCCAUCUACAAAGUCUGUGACCAAAGACAUUUUAAAACACAGAUAUGUUAGCUUGUCGCUUUUCAUUGUCAAUUGCUCUCGUUCCUGUUGCGUGUCCUUAAUCUGGCAACCCGCGUGAGCGUCGAGUCUGAGGAGGAGCGGGCGAGAAAAACAACUCUGCAAUAUUUUGAAGUUGGACUGCAGUACCCAUUUCAACCACUAGUUGUCAAUAUUUAAUACUGCACAGAAGAUCCUUAGUUUCACAAAAACGUCUGAAUCAUAGAAAUGUCUUAAAAUGUUUGUAAAUACAGGGUAUUCCUAUGGGUUUGUGCCUUAACAGUGAUAUGAGAAUGCAUGUUUGAGAUAAUGGCAAAGAUCUCACAAAGUUUAAAUAUAUUCUGCAAUAAUCUAAUUCAUGUUAUAUGUAUCUUUUAAUUUGUAGCAUUUUAACAUCCUGUAGCCUAUAUAAAGUGAUCUCAAAUGAAUGUACGCACAAAAAUACCAAUGUUACCUCUAGAAAAUAAAUUGAAUUCCUUGCA